UUAUUAUAAUAAUCUAAAAAACUAAACGACAUUUAUAGUUGUAUGCAGGAGUGGAGAGGAGAAAAUCACAAAAAAAAAGGAGGGAAGGGCUUUGAAGUUGCGAAUGGAGGAAGUCACUUUCGAUCCAGGUUUGAUUCAAGCUAUUUUCAAGCACAUCUGGACCCGGAGAGCCCUAGAGCGCGAGAAAAACGAAGGCAAUGACGGUACGGACUGCGAGCAGGUUGGAACUGGAACAUUGAAGAAGACUCGAACCACUUCUGCUAAUUCCAAUGCCCUAAAACUGAGUUGCGAACUUCUCCGAAUUUUUAUUACAGAGGCAGUGCAGCGUUCUGCUAUGAUUGCUGAAGCAGAGGGAGCUGGUAAGAUUGAAGGGACUCACUUGGAGAGGAUUCUUCCUCAGUUGCUUCUGGAUUUUUAAGAUAUGUACAUGGCAUACAUAAAGUUUGGUUUUUUUCUUUUACUUUUCUCUAAUCCAAACUGUUCAAUUUGUGGAUUUAGAUGGUAGUGCAUUUUUUAUUGUUAGAUAGAAUUAUUGACAUGAAGAUCAUUUGAUGAUCUAUAAUUGUCUUCCUGCAAUGCGAUGGAAUUUCUUUUCUUUU